UCGGUGCUUGGAGGAUAGACGGGAUUAGUCAUUAGGGUUAGGGUUAGGUUUUUGGUGAUGAAGAAUCAAGUAGCAGCAAGUUGUUCUUGUUGUUGACGCGCGACCUAAAGGCCGACCGUCUCCAUUAAUGGUGCAAGAGAUAAAUUAAAAAAAAAAUAAUUAAACAAAUUCUACGCGUGUUUUGGUUGACGAGGGCAUUUCACACGGAUUCUAGUUUUCUUCUUCGUCCUUGAUAGGAGAAUCCGCGGGGAGAGAUGAGCUCCGGAUCCAUGAAGGUCGAAACCCAGGAAGAUAGAUUUUGAUCCCAGAAGCAGAGGAAGGCAAGAAAGGAAAGGAUCAAUAGAUGAAUUCGAAGUUCUUCUAUGUAAGUUCUUAGGGAUUGAGAGAAAUGGUUUGGUGAUCGAUCACAGGAAACAAAGAUUUGAUCACGAUCUUGUAAAAGCGUUCAAUUUUGGUAGUUAGAGAAGAGAACUCGGAAUCGGUUGACGGGAAAUAAAGACGCAUGGAGAAAAAGGUGAAUACAAGCUUGUGAAUCCGAUGGAAAGUAGGAGCCGGAUUUUCGUAUAAUUGCAGUUUGAAAGUAGGGAUUCUGAGGGAGAUAGAGGAUUGAUUGGAUUUAUAGGAAGAUACAGUGUAAAAAUGAGCGGUGACGAACCGUUGAAACUCGAUGAUGAGCAGAUUGCAGAACUGAGGGAGAUCUUCCGAUCAUUUGAUCGGAACAAUGAUGGCAGCCUAACCCAGCUUGAGCUUGGGUCAUUAUUGAGAUCACUUGGACUCAAACCGAGUCAGGAACAGCUCGACGCUCUAAUCCAGAGGGCUGAUAUGAACAACAAUGGUUUUGUUGAAUUCUCUGAAUUCGUCGCCCUGGUGUCGCCGGAGCUCCUCACUACGAAAUCUCCGUACACAGAAGAGCAACUCCGGCAGCUAUUCCGGAUGUUUGACCGUGAUGGCAAUGGAUACAUUACAGCGGCAGAAUUGGCCCAUUCCAUGGCCAAGCUUGGUCAUGCCCUUACGGCAACGGAAUUGACAGGAAUGAUUAAGGAGGCCGACACUAAUGGCGAUGGCCGUAUUAACUUCCAGGAAUUCUCUCAGGCUAUCACUGCUGCCGCUUUUGACAACUCAUGGACUUGAAAGCAUUUGACGUUGCUGGUGUGUGUUCUUCUUCUCAUCAUUCUCUCCUUCCCCCUUUUCACACCGUUCUUUUCUUUCCUCUAUUGUUUGUUUCAAGCGUACAAUCAUUCGGGUUCUCUGUGAAAUUGCCUGGAAUCGGCCAAGAGUCGAUCGGUUGUUGUUGAGCAGAGACAAAUGGAUGUUUGAACUUUCAAGUUUCAA